CGACAGACAAGGUUGCAGGAAAGCUGAGCUCCACUCUCUCAUGGGUGAAGAACACAGUCUCGCACACCGUCAGUCAAAUGGCCAGUCAGGUGGCAAGUCCAUCUGCCUCUUUACACACUACAUCCUCCUCUACCACUCUGUCUACACCUGCCUUAUCACCGUCCUCACCAACGCAGCUGAGUCCGGACGACUUAGAAUUGCUCGCUAAACUUGAGGAACAGAACAGACUCUUGGAAACAGAUAGCAAGUCCUUGCGGUCAGUAAAUGGGUCAAGAAGAAAUAGUGGAUCUUCUCUUGUAUCUAGUUCCUCAGCUUCUAGCAAUCUCAGCCAUCUUGAGGAAGACUCAUGGAUCCUGUGGGGGAGGAUUGUGAAUGAAUGGGAAGAUGUACGGAAAAAGAAAGAAAAGCAAGUUAAGGAGCUUGUUCGAAAAGGGAUACCUCAUCAUUUCAGGGCAAUCGUUUGGCAGCUUCUAUGCAGUGCUCAAAGUAUGCCAAUCAAGGACCAGUAUUCAGAGCUUUUGAAAAUGACGUCUCCUUGUGAGAAGUUAAUAAGAAGGGACAUUGCUAGAACAUACCCUGAACAUGAUUUUUUUAAAGAAAAAGACAGCCUUGGACAGGAGGUCUUGUUCAAUGUAAUGAAGGCUUAUUCUUUGGUGGAUCGUGAGGUUGGAUACUGUCAAGGAAGCGCUUUUAUAGUUGGAUUACUGCUUAUGCAGAUGCCAGAAGAAGAGGCGUUCUGUGUGUUUGUUAAAUUAAUGCAAGAUUACAGACUACGAGAACUCUUUAAGCCAAGCAUGGCUGAACUGGGCCUUUGUAUGUACCAGUUUGAAUGCAUGAUACAGGAGCAUCUUCCAGAGCUUUAUGUGCACUUUCAGUCUCAGAGUUUCCACACUUCUAUGUAUGCGUCAUCAUGGUUUUUAACUAUAUUCCUUACAACUUUUCCACUACCGAUUGCAACAAGAAUAUUUGAUAUCUUUAUGUCUGAGGGUUUAGAGAUAGUAUUUCGAGUAGGUCUAGCAGUCCUUCAGAUGAACCAAGCAGAAUUACUGCAACUUGACAUGGAAGGAAUGUUACAGCACUUUCAAAAGGUCAUUCCACAUCAGUUUGACAGUGGGCCAGACAAAUUAAUCCAAGCAUCUUACCAAGUCAAAUACAAUGCAAAAAAGAUGAAAAAGUUAGAAAAGGAAUACACUACAAUAAAGACAAAAGAAAUGGAAGAACAAGUUGAAAUUAAAAGGUUGCGAACUGAAAACAGGCUCCUAAAACAGCGCAUUGAAACACUAGAAAAAGGACAAGUGACAAGGGCCCAGGAGGCUGAGGAAAACUACCUCAUAAAACGGGAGCUGGCCACCAUCAAACAGCAGAGUGAUGAGGCCAAUACUAAACUGGAGCAAGCUGAGAAUACCAUCAGGGAGCUCCAGCAGCAGCAGCAAUGGCAUAAAUGCAGUUCACGAUACAGUGAAGACUUUGUGCUACAGCUGGAAAAAGAGCUGGUCCAAGCCAGGCUGAGUGAAGCAGAAUCCCAUUGUGCCCUGAAGGAGAUGCAAGAUAAAGUUCUAGAGAUGGAAAAGAGGAACAGCUCUCUCCCCGAUGAGGAAAAUGUUGCUAGGCUGCAAGAAGAACUGAUUGCAGUAAAAUUAAGAGAAGCAGAAGCUCUGAUGGGUCUCAAAGAACUGAGGCAGCAAGUCAAAGACUUGGAGGAACACUGGCAGCGUCAUCUAGCUCGUACCACUGGAAGAUGGAAAGAUCCUCCCAGAAAAAACACAGUGAACGAGCUACAGGAUGAGCUGAUGUCGGUCCGAUUGCGAGAGGCAGAAACUCAGGCGGAGCUGAAGGAGACCAAACAAAGAAUGAUGGAGAUGGAAACACAGAAUCAGAUCAAUAGUAACCAUUUACGAAGGGCAGAGCAAGAAGUUUCCAACCUACAGGGGAAGGUACAGUAUCUUUCUGCACAGAACAAAGGACUUCUUGCUCAGCUGAACGAAGCAAAGCGUAAACAAGCAGAGAUUGAAUGCAAG